AUGGUGCUCUAUAAAAAGAAAUAUAGUGAUAUUUUCAUCGAGCGUGAAUGCGAUGAUGAAUUCAGUCCUAAGAUAGGUACUGACCACCAGGCAGAAAUUCCUUUGAAUCUUGCUGCUUCAGAAGAUUUAUAUGAUAAACCACUUUCUUCUGCAAUUUGUUUCCCAGUCUCGGUCACAUGGAGUGAUGCUGAUGCAGAAAGUUUGGUACUUGCUUUGUUUCUUUUCGGGAAGAAUUUUACUCUCGUAAAUAUAUUCUUAGAGAACAAAGGGAUGGAAGAAAUACUCUCAUUUUACUAUGGAAAGUUUUACAAUACCGAUGGAUAUCGUAGAUGGUCUGAGUGCAGAAAGUUGAAAGGGAGGAAAUGUAUAAUAGCCAAGAAACUUUCUACCAAAAUGAGGCAAAAUGACCUAUUGUCUCGUUUGAUUCCUCAUGUCCCUACAGAAUCUCAACAUAAUUUGUUAAAGGUUUCUAAGUCAUAUGUGGAAGGAAAAACUUGUCUAGAAAAAUACAUAUCUUCUAUGGCAUCUAUUGUUGGACUUGGCAUUUUUGCACAAGCACUAGGUAUUGGAAAGGAGAACGGAGUCCUUACUCGGCUUGAUUUGGAAUCUAGGAAGAACAGUUGUGGAGAGCUAUCAGCUCCAGCUUGCAACGCUUUGUCUUCACUCGGACCGGAUGAUAUAAUACAGUCUUUGACUGCAGAAUUACUGCUGAGCAAAACCAGAAGGAAUGAACUAUUCUGGGAAGCUGUUUGGCCCCGCUUACUCGCAAGAGGUUGGCACUCUGAGCAACCAAAGAAUCUAGAUUAUUGGGUGUUUCUCAUUCCCGGUGUUGAGAAAUUUUCUUUGGGAAAACAUUUGAAAGGGCUACAUUACUUUGAUUCUGUUAGGGAUGUGUUGAGCAAAGUAGUAGCUGAACCAAAUAUUAUUCUGCUUGAAGAAGAAGAAUCAAACACGGAUGUUUUCACUAACAAUCAUCGUUCAUGUUACCUCAGGUGUCGAUCUUCUACUUACGAUAAAGAUCAUAUACGUUUUGUGAAUGGUGGAAAGCCAUCAGAUAUAAGGGAAUUGAAAUAUGUUUCGUCUAAUACAGUUGAGGUAAAUGUUGAUGGUAAAAGAUAUAAAGGGUACGCAUAUACAAGGAGAGUAAACCAUACCAAGGAUUUGUCUGAAAGCAUUACACAGAGGUCAACAAAGUUAUCAGUUAUUGAUACCAAUAGACUUCAUGAAAGAAAACUAUUGAAGGUGAAACCAAAGAGAUUUCUGUCCAUUGAAUUGGAAGAUGCUUCUAUGAUGAAAGAAAAUAAGGUUGGCACCUCAACUGAUAAUCCACCGAGGAUGGUGGAAGCUAAGAUUCAGCUAUAUGGCAGAAAGAAAACUAAUAGUUGCAGAGAUGCAUCUUGUAAUGGAGUUUCAGUUAAAAAAGAAGCACGCGAUAAUCCUGAUAAUAAUGCAAACAAGAUAGUUGAAAGGCAUAAAAACCAAGACACCUGCGUGUUUGAUGAUAGUCAGCGUAUGAGGAUCAUAAAGCAUCCGUUCAAUUGGAGAGUAAGCUUAGGUGAUUCUAAUCAUGAAGCUGUUCCUACUAAAAGGAGGAGAUUGACUGCUUGUACCGAAGCAGAGAUUAGGCGCAUCAUCGAGAUCGCUUCAGGAGAAUUGGGAUCAGAUAAAGCAGGAUUCAUUUGUUCUUUUGCUUCAUCAGCAGACAGAAGUGUGGAAGAGAAUGUUGAAAAAAGCAGUCCCAAUGACAGUUUCCAAUCAAAUUCUGAGGAAGGUGAGCAAGGCCUAAUGUCCAAAGGUCCAUGUCUAACAUCUGCUGCUACUGAGGAAGUAAUUGAGGAGCCUCUGAGAACACAUUGUGAUGUUGGUUCUUUGGAACAACCCAAGAGGAGACAAAGCAGUAGAAACAGCAAAUUGACAGUUAAAGCAUUUGAAAGUUUAGCAAAUGAAUUCUUGCAUGUGCAAAAGAAACAAAAGAAGAUUGACAUCAUUUUUAAUCCUUGCCGCAAGGCUCGUACAAGAGGCAAAACAAGACCGCGUCGACAUUUUUUAGCUCAUUGGAAUGCAGUUGAAGUACAAGAAGAAAAUCAUUUGAAUGUAGAUGGCAGUAUAGUUGGUUAA